CGUGUCAAGACCCUGACUGAGGCGAGGUCGACUGAGGCAACCGACAUCAUCCGAGCGACCACGAGCGCUAUGGUCUACGAAGAUUCGACGGAACAAGCGGUCGAGAUCAGCUGGAAGGCGAGUAUACGAUUGGAGAAACGCAGACAGAAGGAGGAGGCCAAGCGUCAGCGCGAAUUAGCGUUGAGUGCUGAAGAGGUGGCUGAACAAGAAGAUGAAGAGGACGAAGAUGCAGUGGAUGAUGAGGAAGAGGACAACUGA